GCCGCCUUCUGCUACAUGCUGUCGCUGGUGCUGUGCGCUGCCCUCAUCUUCUUCGCUAUCUGGCACUGGCAUCUUCUUUGUCCUGCUCUGUAAGAGAAGAUUGCAAUGCACCAGUUUUGAUGGCUGUCUGGAUAACCAAAGUAUCCAUGACUGAGAAGGUGGAAUGUCUUCAUGUCCUGUAUCAGCCAGUGAAACCUCUUCUUAUUGCCAUUGGAUAAUCGCCUUUGAUGAGUUAAGGACAGACUUCAAAAGCCCCAUAGAUCAGUGCAACCCUGCUCAUGCACGAGAACGACUGAGAAAUAUUGAGCGCAUCUGCUUUCUUCUGAGAAAGCUGGUGCUACCUGAAUAUUCCAUCCACAGCCUUUUCUGUAUAAUGUUUUUGUGUGCUCAGGAAUGGCUCACCUUGGGGCUGAAUGUCCCACUGCUUUUCUAUCACUUUUGGAGGUAUUUCCAUUGCCCAGCGGAUAGUUCAGAGCUAGCAUACGAUCCCCCUGCAGUCAUGAAUGCAGACACCUUGAGUUAUUGUCAGAAAGAGGCCUGGUGUAAACUAGCUUUCUAUCUCCUUUCAUUCUUCUACUAUCUUUACUGCAUGAUCUACGCUUUGGUGAGCUCUUAACUCAAAGACCAUCAUUAAAGACUGAGAACAACAAAGGACACAGAGCAAAGACAAGUCAACUUUCAGUGAUACUUGGUAAAAAAAAACAAAAAACAGCAGGAAAAGAAGGCUUUUAACCCAAUCAGUAGUACUGUAUAUGAAAGACAUACACAGCAAGAACAAUGACCAACUGAAGAACUGGAAUAUUUUGGAGAGUGAGCUGAGCAAACUGUGUUUAUCUUCUCUUUCUUGGUAUUUUAUGGUCUGUGGUUUCAAAAACCCAUGCAAAACAAUGAUGAAAUUUAAGGGGAUGAAGUAAAACCUCUCUUCAUCUGAUGGGGGGAUACUGCACAGUAAAUUUGGUUUACUGCACACUCCAAGCUCUGCUGUUUCACAAGGACUUUCUUGCUCAAUAACCCUUCUGUUCUGAGAGAAUGGGGGGCCAGAGGGCACAUUCCAUAGAAAUGGCAGCUAAGGAUGCUGCUAAAAGAUGUGUUUAAUACACGUUAUGAACACUAGUUGGAAUUCAUGACAAUUGUCCAUGGAUGGUCAUGUGACUAUGGAAAAAGGGACAUUGUAUCUUGCUAGUUAAGUGACUUUAAUGUUUUUUUCCAGACAUGGCUAAAGAAAAAAACAAGAAUUUGCCACUGUAAUGCAGUAUUUUUGAAUGAUAUGCCAUUCCUGUAAUUGAAUAUCCAGUAGUAUAUUUUUAAUAUUCCAUCUGUUACACACCAGUUUAUGUAUGACUGAAUUACAUCUCUGAAUACAUAUAGCUUGACCCAA